CUAUUCCACAACCUAUCCUUUCCUCUCCUCUCCUCUCAGAAUGUCCAGGAGCCUGAAGCAAGUGGCUGUGCUGCUUGUGGUACUUCUGUGCCUGGAUCCUCACGGCCGGGUCGGCUCCGCACCCAUCUGCGCACACGGGUCAUCAGGAUGCCACGUCCCGUCCCUGGCAGAUCUCUUCGACAGGGUCAUUCAGCACUCUGCCAGAAUGCACAGCCUCUCCAACGAUCUGCACUCAGAGUUUGAACAGUAUUUCCUGCCCAGCAAAAACCAUAUUAGAAAGAUCUACCGCAAGUGUCACACCUCCAACAUUUUGACUCCAAACGGCAAAGAGAAUGCACAGAAACUAGCUCGUGAAGAGUUAACGGAGGUGAUUCUUAAACUGCUGAUGGCCUGGAGGGACCCCCUGUUCCAGCUGCACCAGAGCAUGGCUCACCAGCAGGACUUCAACAGCUUCAGCAGUAACAAAGCCCUGGAGAUGGGGGACAUGGCCCAUGAGCUGAGGAAAGGGGUGGAGAAAGUAGCUGAGAAGAUGCGAGUACUGGGAAUGCUCGGCAACUCUGUGACAGGUCUGUCUGCGGCAGAAGCCAUGCUUCCUCUCUCUGACAGCGGAGAGGCCAUGAGCGACUACGAGCUCCUGUACUGCUUUCGACGUGAUUCAAACAAAGUCCAGAACUAUCUAAAGAUCCUUAAGUGCAGAAUUGUACCUGAGCACGACUGUUAGGAAAAAAAAAAACAUUGGCCUUUCACCUGCACUACUAGACAGCACAAAGGACACAUGCUGGUCCACACUUAUCAAGCAUGUUUGACUCUGCGCCAUCAAUUAAGACUUCACCAGAUCCCAGUAAAUAAACCUGACUUUUUGCAUCUUUUUGCUUCAUACUCUAGCAUUUCAAACCAAUUCAUUGCUGUAAUUAU